AUGGAUCUUUGGCAGCCGUCACUUCCAGGUGCAGGCGCUCAGCGCGCUGUUUUGAUUUUGCAGUUAUACAUGCGGAUGGGGAACUACAGUCCGCUCACAAUUCUGAUUGCAGAUGCUCUCUGCCUAACGUUCAAGGCCAGUGGGGCAACUUUAAGUGAGCUUGCCGCGUAUUUAGGAAUCCCGCCGGACCGUGUGGAGAUUGGCAUCGAAGGGAUGCCCAAGGAAGUGUACUGCACCUCCUCGGAUAUCCGUCAGGAUGACAUAGAUGAAGAGUACGGAGAAAAAGUGAACAGCCGAAAAAGAAACCGUCAAGAAGUUGCUGAAGAGAGCACACUUCGUUACUAUAUCAACUAUGCCACGUUUUUGCCUUUUGCGUUUGCCCACGGCAGCCAUAUAUUGUUGGCGCUCUGCCAGUUACCUAUUCCAGAGCAUCUAGCCAAUGCCGGCAUAAGAGGGGAGGGCAUUUCUCUGAACGUGUCAGCAACACUUCGGCGAGCAGAUUCUCGACGAGGACUCUGCUGCGUCUCUUGCCGCUACUGGAUGGCAUUGAAGGACCUGCGGGCUACCGUUUCACGUUGCCCUCUUUGUGAGACAGAUAUACUGGGCGGUAUGCUACGUGCCAUAUAUGCCCGCUAUGAAGAGAAGCUGGCAAGUGGUCAAUCGUUGCUACUUUUUGGUCCCGUCCAGCAACGCCCCACACCCAGUACCAGCACCACCACGGAGAGUGACAACAGUGGCAGCAGGUCGGUGGAGGCAGUUCAAGGGGCUUCGUCGAAAACACCUUCCGGUGAAAAUUCAUACUAUCCACUGGCACGCGAUCCUUUCCUCGUGCAACAGGGACUGUUUUUUCAUUUUCUUUAUUCGCAUCCAUUUGUGCGUGUCAACGAUGCUUCUUUUGUUGUGGAUGCAGACGAGGUGAUGACGAAGGAGGAGUACGAUCACAGAUCGAGGCACAAGGCAACUGUGCUGGAUCAAUUCCGUCUUGUGCAUCGCAAUGCUUCGACGAUUAGGGUGAAGCGCGUGGAUCAGGAAAAACUGGACGCCGAUAAAUGCCGGGAAAGCCUUGUAAAGGUGUUGAAGCGUGGACAGCUUCCACCCUGGUUGCGACCCAUCUCUGUGUUCCAUGAGGGCGAAGGGCCAUUACCGUCAGCAGCGCAAAAGGAAGAGGAAUUUGCCGACCAUGUAGAAUCCAAAACAACAAAGAAAACGCAACGGGACUCUGACAUUACCGCCAUUGCAAGAUACACUGCAAGGGAGUUUUUCGAUGACGACUACGACGAGGUGCCGCUUUUUAAGCCAUCAACGGUGUGA